GUUUCCGCUCGGGCAGCGGGCUGAGUGAGCUGCCGCUGCCGCCGCCGCCGCCGCCGGGGGAGGGGCGGCCGCCGCCCGCCUGCGCUGAGAGACUCGCGCAGCCCCAGUCCCGCCAGUCCGCCAACACUGUAGUGCCGGCCCCCCCUCCUUCCCUGGCCCUUCCCCCUCCCCGCCUUUGGCUCGCUCCGCCUUUCUGUCCCCCACCCCCACUUCACGGGCACGGGCCAUUCCCGGCCAGGAAACGCCGUGGCGCCGCGUUGGGCCUAACUCGAGUCCUGCUGCUUCCCGGGAGUGCUGUGCGCCGCAGCCCGGGCCCAGGCCCCGGCAGCGCCUGGGACAAGGUCACUAAGAUUUGAAGUGUUACUGGGAAUAAGGUAUCCAUUCAUCAGCUGAGUAGGAGUCUUAGCAGGCCGUGUGUGGAAGCCCAUGGGAAGACCUGUAUUUUAAGAGAAGCGAAGUUCUUGAACAAAAAUUUCAGCACUAGAAGUCCGAGAUCAAGCUGUUGAGCAUCAUUGAUUUCUCCUGAGCGCUCUAUCCAUAGCUUGCAGGUCUUCAGAGCUACUGGCAGAUAAUUUUGGGGGACUUCAUAUUUGGAGGUCUAUAAAAAGGAUUCCUCAUGUCCAUAACAUGUUGGUUAAGGCUGUGCAGCUCACCCCCACUCUCAGAGUGGCCAGUCUCCAUUAAUUGGACCCCGUGAUUUCCACUCUCUGCUGUAUUGGACGUCAUGAGCAUUGCAAUCCCUCUGGGAGUCACCACACCAGAUACAUCCUACUCAGAUAUGGCUGCUGGAUCAGAAAAGGAAGUGGAAGCCCCCUACCUUUCAAGACGAAGUGGCACUACACCAGGAUGUGAAAGUCCAGCGAAAGAGACCCAAGGGGCCUAGGGGGCAGCACACCCCCAGAAGCCAAGUCUAUUCCAGGCAGUACCAGGGAUUAGGGUCUGGGCUGGAAAAAUCCUGGUGUUUUGAAUAUGUUCAGGUCCAGUUCAGACUCUUGAUCCCACAGCCACUUCUUGAGUGAGGGUAUCCUGUCUUGGUAGUGAAUGGAAGAGGGCCUGGUCCCUGGGGCAGUGCAGAAGGCACUUUCAUCAUCUCACUCACUGCAAAUGUCAUGUGAGGUUUCAUGGAAGUAUUAAGAGAUCCAAUUAAGAAGAAUAGUUCUGAGUCUAAACCAGCCCAGAGUGGCUUCUCUAGGGGAAACUCCCUGCUCAGCUGCCCUGAAUCUGUGGAGGCUAGUCCAGCAGUUAAUGAGAAGAGCGUGUAUUCCACUCAUAAUUAUGGGACCACUCAGAGGCAUGGGUGUCGAGGACUGCCUUAUGCUGAUCAUAAUUACGGAGCCCCUCCUCCUCCGACACCUCCUGCUUCUCCCCCUGUCCAGACGAUCAUCCCUCGUUCUGACCUGAAUGGCCUGCCGUCGCCCGUAGAGGAACGCUGUGGAGACAGCCCGAACUCUGAAGGAGAGACUGUUCCUACCUGGUGUCCUUGUGGUCUUUCUCAGGAUGGCUUCCUUCUCAACUGUGACAAGUGCAGGGGAAUGAGCAGGGGGAAGGUUAUUAGACUUCAUCGGCGGAAGCAGGACAACAUAUCAGGUGGGGAUAGCAGUGCAACAGAAAGCUGGGAUGAGGAGCUUUCUCCUUCCACUGUGUUGUACACAGCAACACAGCACACACCUACAAGCAUCACCUUAACUGUUAGAAGAACCAAACCCAAGAAGCGGAAGAAGAGUCCAGAAAAGGGUCGCGCAGCAGCAAAGACGAAGAAAAUCAAGGCAUUUCGAGAGGGAUCCCGGAAGUCCUUGCGGAUGAAGAAUUCUCCUUCUGAAGCACAGAAUUUAGAUGAGAAUACAACUGAGGGAUGGGAAAAUCGGAUAAGACUAUGGACUGAUCAGUAUGAAGAAGCUUUCACUAAUCAGUACAGUGCAGAUGUACAGAACGCCCUUGAACAACAUCUACAUUCUAGCAAGGAAUUUGUGGGCAAACCUGCUAUUUUAGACACUAUUAAUAAGACUGAAUUGGCCUGUAAUAAUACAGUUAUUGGUUCCCAAAUGCAGCUACAGUUGGGAAGAGUCACUCGUGUUCAGAAGCACCGGAAGAUCCUGAGGGCUGCAAGAGACUUGGCUCUGGACACUCUUAUAAUAGAGUAUCGAGGGAAAGUCAUGUUACGACAACAAUUUGAGGUCAAUGGGCAUUUCUUCAAAAAACCAUACCCCUUUGUGCUCUUCUACUCAAAAUUCAAUGGUGUAGAGAUGUGUGUGGAUGCACGUACUUUCGGUAAUGAUGCUCGGUUCAUCAGAAGAUCGUGUACACCAAAUGCAGAGGUGCGACACAUGAUUGCAGAUGGGAUGAUUCACCUGUGUAUCUAUGCUGUAUCUGCCAUCACCAAAGAUGCUGAGGUCACCAUAGCAUUUGACUAUGAGUACAGUAACUGUAAUUAUAAAGUGGACUGUGCGUGUCACAAGGGGAACCGGAAUUGCCCUAUACAGAAAAGGAAUCCCAAUGCUGCAGAACCACCACUCCCACCUCCUCCAAGCUUACCCACCAUCGGAGCAGAGACAAGACGUAGAAAAGCACGACGGAAAGAGCUAGAGAUGGAGCAGCAGAAUGAGGCUCCAGAAGAGGAUAACAGUCAGCAACCAGAACAAGUUCCUGAGAAAGCAACUGUGUCCAGUGACCAUGAGGAAAUAGACAAUCCAGAAGAAAAAGCAGAAGAGGAGAAAGAAGAGGUUACCGAUGACCAGGAGAACCCAGCUCAUAGCAGAAGGACCCGGGAAGAUAGGAAGGUCGAAGCCAUCAUGCAUGCUUUUGAAAACUUAGAGAAAAGAAAGAAGCGGCGGGAUCAGCCCUUGGAACAAAGCAGCUCUGACAUAGAGAUUACUACCACCACUUCAGAGGUCCCUGUGGGAGAAGAGGCAAAAACUGAAGCCCCUGAACCUGAAGUUAGCAACCCUGCUUCAAACAUGGCCAUCCCAAGCACCCCCCAGAGUGUUGGUGUGAACACCCGGAGGUCUUCCCAAGCAGGGGAUGUUGCUGCAGAGAAACCAGUCCCCAAGCCACCUCCAGCAAAGCCUUCUAGGCCCCGACCGAAGAGUCGAAUUUCUCGGUACCGGACCAGUUCAGCCCAAAGACUAAAGCGUCAGAAGCAGGCCAUUGCACAACAGGCAGAGUUGUCACAAGCUGCCUUGGAAGAUGGAGGAAAUAACAGCUCUGUAACUCCUACUGAAGCUGGAAAUAUAGACAGUUCAGGAGAAAACAGGCAAUUAAUGGGGUCUGAUCCAACUGUGGUAUCAGUUACUGGAUCCCAUGUCAACCGUGCUGCACCUAAAUACCCCAAAACCAAAAAGUAUCUAGUUACAGAAUGGUUGAAUGACAAAGCAGAGAAGCAAGAAUGCCCUGUUGAGUGCCCUUUACGUAUCACCACGGACCCAACUGUACUGGCAACAACCCUGAACAUGUUACCCGGUCUUAUCCAUUCCCCAUUAAUUUGCACCACCCCCAAACACUACAUUCGCUUUGGCUCACCCUUUAUCCCUGAGAGACGUCGAAGACCCCUUCUGCCUGAUGGCACCUUCAGCUCCUGUAAAAAGCGCUGGAUAAAGCAAGCCUUGGAAGAAGGGAUGACUCAAACAUCAUCUGUACCCCAAGAGACUAGAACUCAGCACCUAUACCAAAGUAAUGAGAAUAGUAACUCUUCUAGUAUCUGCAAAGAUAAUGCAGACUUGUUGAGCCCAUUAAAGAAAUGGAAGUCUCGCUAUCUGAUGGAGCAGAAUGUCACCAAGUUACUGCGGCCUCUUUCUCCAGUCACACCACCCCCUCCCAAUCCAGGCUCAAAGAGCCCCCCACUGACCACACCUGGCCCAUCUCACCCAGAAGAGGAGUGUCGAAAUGGAUACAGCCUCAUGUUCUCACCAAUCACGUCUCUUACUACUGCUAGUCGCUGCAAUACUCCUCUGCAGUUUGAGAACAUAUCCUCCCCUGAGAGUUCCCCUGCGAAUAGGCCCGAGUCCCUGUCACCCGAGCUUUGUCACCGGAAGGACCUGGACUUGACAAAAGUAGGCUACCUUGACUCCAACACUAACAGCUGUGCUGACAGACCUUCCCUGAUCAACUCAGGUCCUUCUGACCUGGCUCCUCAUCCCUCUGUCGGGCCCCCCUCUGAGACUGGCUUUCCAAGUAGGAGUGGAGAUGGACAUCAGACCCUUGCAAGGAACUCGGACCAGGCAUUUCGGACAGAGUUUAACUUAAUGUACGCCUACUCCCCAUUGAACGCUAUGCCUCGAGCAGAUGGAUUAUAUCGAGGGUCUCCCCUAGUAGGGGAUAGGAAGCCUUUACAUUUGGACGGGGGAUAUUGUUCCCCUGCAGAAGGGUUUCCCAGCAGAUAUGAACAUAGUUUUAUGAAAGACCUCUCUCGUGGAUCCGUAUCACCUGGUGGUGAAAGGGCUUGUGAAGGAGUCCCGUCUGCCCCCCAGAACCCACCGCAGAGGAAAAAGGUAUCCCUGCUGGAGUACCGCAAACGGAAACAAGAAGCCAAGGAGAAUUCUGGUGGGGGAGGUGACUCUGCACAGAGCAAAAUCAAGUCUGCAGGAGCUGGGCAAGGCAGCAGUAACUCACUUUCUGACACUGGUGCCCAUGGUGUGCAGGGAUCCUCAACCCGAACCCCAUCUUCCCCUCACAAAAAAUUCUCCCCAUCUCAUUCCUCUAUGUCCCAUAUGGAGGCGGUAAGCCCAUCAGAUUCCAGAGGCACUUCAUCUCACUGCAGACCUCAAGAGAAUAUCAGCAGUAGGUGGAUGGUUCCCACGUCAGUGGAACGACUCCGAGAAGGAGGGAGCAUCCCCAAGGUUCUCCGAAGCAGUGUAAGGGUGGCCCAAAAAGGAGAGCCUUCUCCCACGUGGGAGAGUAACAUCACAGAGAAAGACUCAGACCCUACGGAUGGAGAAGGCCCAGAGACACUGAGCUCAGCACUCUCUAAAGGAGCAGCCGUUUACAGCCCUUCCAGAUACAGCUACCAGCUCCUGCAGUGUGAUAGUCCACGGACAGAAUCACAAAGCCUCCUUCAGCAGAGUUCCUCCCCCUUUAGAGGACAUCCCACCCAAUCUCCAGGAUACAGUUAUCGAACUACUGCACUGAGACCUGGAAAUCCCCCCUCUCACGGUUCUUCAGAAUCUUCCCUCUCUUCUACGUCCUAUUCCAGCCCCGCCCACCCUGUAUCCACAGACUCGUUGGCCCCAUUUACGGGGACACCAGGGUAUUAUAGCAGCCAGCCACAUUCUGGAAACAGCACUGGCAGCAAUCUUCCAAGGAGGAGCUGCCCUUCUAGUGCUGCUAGCCCUACCCCACAGGGCCCCUCAGACUCGCCGACCUCAGACUCGGUCUCCCAGUCCAGCACAGGAACUCUGAGUUCCACCUCCUUCCCUCAGAACUCUAGGUCGUCAUUGCCAUCAGACUUACGGACUAUCAGUCUGCCCAGUGCUGGGCAGUCCACUGCCUACCAGGCCUCCAGGGUAUCUGCGGUUUCCAAUUCACAGCACUACCCACACCGUGGGAGUGGGGGUGUGCACCAGUACCGACUCCAGCCGCUGCAAGGGUCAGGAGUCAAGACUCAGACAGGACUUUCCUAGGGCUUCUGGAUUUGGGCAAACAGAACUGAAUGAGCCCAUAGCUGCUUCCUUCCAGCUGCCUCUGGAACCUAGGCCGAGCAUUUUGCUGGGGAAGAGGGUACAAGGUGCCAGAGGACUGGGUCUGGUCGACAAGAAACGAGACUUGUGGUCGCGACUGGCUCUGGCCUUGGAGAAAGAUAUAAAUCUUGUCUGAAGCAGAGACUAUAAAGAAGUUUCUCCCUGCUGUUAAGGGUACAUUGUUGACAAGCAAAUGGUGUUCCGGUUAGUAACGGUUCUAAGUGCAAUGAGUCGUGUUGAAGCCUCUGUCUCCCGUCCUUGCCUGUAGCCUGUAGUCACUUGUGCAGUGGGGACAUCUUUUUACACACACACACACACACACACACACCCUCCCCCCCCCCCAAAAAAAGUUUCCUUUUCAAAGGAAAAAAGUGAAAAGAGCCAAUCUCAAAGCCCCAAGCCAUCUGAGUAGUAUUAGGGUUUUUAUGCACUUAAGAAGAAAGGUAGGUAUGGAAAUGUUCGCCCUGUGACAACCAUUCCAAAAGCAGGUAUCUGGCCGAGAUGUGUCCACCAAGAAUACUCCCUACCUUCGUCAUAAAAUCACCGAGAAAUAGGCAGGGAUAGCAAAACUUGGAAUGUGCUCUGGCUGAGGGGUGCCUGGCUCUCUGAAGAAGAGCUCCUGGUCAACUUUUGAUGAUUCAGGAGCAGAUGAUCGUAGUAGAUUGUCUGAGCCCCCAGCUGUUCCCACCCCUCUCCCCUCCCCAAGCUGUUUCACAGCUCAGUAACCCAGAAAGGAAGUAGGCAAAGAAAAGAGAAAUGAGAUGGG